CAUUUUGUGAUACGUAACGUUGUUAUAAAUUAGCGCUUUAAAAGAAGUUUGACCCUGUUGGUUUGGGAAGCCGUCGGUUCAAUCUGCCCGUGGGCGGCAGCGGGUAAAUUGCCAGUUUCCCAGACUACACUGACUCAGGCUGACUGGUCUUUGUCAGCUCCCAGCAGCCAAUGGGAAUUGAGUGCCCGUGUGCCUGUGUUCAGUGGCAGUUCUAUGUACAGGAGGGGGAAGAGCGAUCAUGGAGUCCCCUCUGAGUGGGAGGAAGUGAGAGUUUCCUGUGCUUCAGGAUCUGUCUGGUAGCAGUGGAUCACUCAGGCAUUUUCUGGUAAGCAUUAGAGAAGCAGGACGGGAAGGGAGCCACUGCUGCAGAACAGUUACAGUAUAUGGGGCUCAGUUGCUGUUGUAUUGGCUGGUUACCGCUUUGAUCCCACAGACCUGCCAGUUCCUGAUCCUAGAAAUACCAGGACAUGGCUGCACUGUGCUUGCUACUACUCCUCUCUUUGUCUGAGGCCAUUGACCUGCGUGUACCAGAGUUACCGGUCAUAGGGCUGCUGGAUAAAGAUGUCAUUUUACCCUGUGGAUUCACUCCUUCAGAAGGCUUCUCCACCAAGAAUCUUAGUGUGUUUUGGAAGUUGCCAAACCAGCAGCAGGACUAUGGCUUUGUUUUGGGAGAAGAUCUACAAGAAAACCAAUCCCCACAAUAUAAGGACCGAAUUGGCCUCUUCCAUGAAGAACUGUCCAAGGGCAACAUGUCUCUGCUGCUCCAACGAGUCCGACUGACUGAUGAAGGCAUCUAUAUCUGCUUUGUUAAUGUCCAGAAUUCAAGCUCUGCUUCUGUGAGCCUACUGGUUGGGGCUCCUUUCACCAAGCCUACUUUGCAUUUGGAACCCAGUGAAGCACUGAAACCUGGUGAUCAAAUGACCGUGACGUGCCAUACCUAUGAUGGAUACCCAGAAGCCAAUAUACUCUGGCAAAAUGGUGAUGGACAAAACAUGACCGAAAAUGUCACAACUUCACAGGUGGCUAAUGAGAAAGGUCUGUUCCAUGUCCAGAGUUCUUUAAGUGUCAUUCUGGAGACAAGUGAUACUUACACCUGCCUUGUAUUUAAUCCUGUCUUACAAGAGGUGACACAUGCAUCCCUUACUGUCACUGGUCAGCACCUUUCAUUCCCUCCAGUGGUUCUUUGGGUGACCGUGGGGCUAUCUAUUUGUUUGCUAUGUCUGCUGGUUGCUCUGACUUGUGUAUGCAGAAAACACCUGAAACAAACAUGUGAGGAAGAACAGGAGGAUGCAGGAAAUGAAGAACAUGAGGAAAAUGGAGAACUCAAAACGGCCAUGCAGCCUCUCAAAGUGACUUCAGCUGGAGAGGAUGAUGAUGAUGCACCAGAUUUAGAAUAAGGCAACGUGAAGUUGCAGGCAUUAUUGUAUGUGCAUUACUCAAAAAUGACGAAAGGGCUCAAAACUACAACACACUGGAAACCGUUUAGGUUUUUCACUGAAGAUCUUCACUGAACUCGUUUUCUACAUCAAAGGAUGCUGCCUGAUGUGUCCUGCUUUUAUACCUUCUCAAUCAAUUUAUUACAGUAUUUUUUUUUAUUUAACGCUUUUUAUAAGAAUGUAAUUGUUUUUAAAGGAGGGGAUUUGCAGAGUAAAUGUACCCUCUGUUUUUAAAGGAACCUGAAACACAUUCUGGAGCAGCAUAUCUUAAAGCAUUUUAUGAGAAAGUGCUAAAUGGUACAGGCAACUGCUUCCCAUCAGAAGGAAUGCCAAGAACUGUGUGGAAGGUGGCAGCCCUCUUUAUUUCCAGAAGACCUUUAUGAUUUAUUGUUGUAACAUUUCAGCAAUUUUUAUUGAUUGCUUAUGAUUCAGAAUGGUGCAUAGUUAAAGGUGUUCAGCAACCCCCUUCCAUUCUGACUGCGGAUCAUUGGAUGAAUAUGAGCCAUUUUGAUGUUGCCAAAUGUCUGAAAGAUGAGGAACACAUGAAGCAGAUCUGAACUGACCUGAUCUGAUUUCUCAGUACCUUGAAUGCAGCCAGGGGAUGUUUGUGCUACCUAAUUAUAUAAAAGAAUGAGACUGUAAAGAUUGUAUUAUUUCCUUCUAAAAAUCUGCUGGCCAGAUAACAAGGAGGAAUUCACAAAUGUAUUUGUGCCUUAAUCUGUAGAAUCCAUAACCUGCCCUGUCAAGAACCAUGGUGCAAAAUACAAUUCAUGUUAGUAGAAUUUUUUUUUUAAUGUUUUAUUUAUUUUGCUGCAGACUCUAUUUACACUGGUAAAGGCAACACAUAGCUGCCAUCUCGCCCUCUCUGUAUGCCAUUGUUAUAUAGAUCCCUGCUACCUUCUGACAAAUGCAAGUAAUUAAAAGCGCUGCAGAUAA